AUCUGGUAUUUCGUGAUUACGUUGUCAAGGUAACAGAAACGAUAGAGAAGAAAUCCGCCAUCAUUUAUACUUAUACAAGAAUGUAGAAAGAAAGGCAUAAUUUUAUCAAUACGAAUAAUCCCUUUUAAAAAUGACGGAGAAAUCGUCUGAGAAGCCUGCCUUUGAGGAAAAUGCUUUUGAAGUUUUGGAACGAGACUUUCAGGAGGUGCUGGGUGAGCUUAUGGGCGAUAAAAGUUUGGAGAAGUUUCGAGUGGAAUAUGAGAAGUUACAUCGAGCUUUAAAGAAAUCCCACGAGAGUGAAAAACGACUGAUGCAGAAAUGUCGAGAACUAAAUGGCGAGAUUGUGGCAAAUGCCGCCAAGGUUCAGACUGCAUUGAAACUUUCACAAGAAGAUCAAAACACAAUUUCCUCUCUAAAAAAGGAAAUUGAGAAAGCGUGGAAGAUGGUUGAUGCAGCUCAUGACAAGGAACAAAGAGCCAGGGAAACUAUUCAGUCGUUGAAAUUAGAAAUUUCAAACUUGAGUAAACUGGUUGAACAAGGAGCUGGUCUUUCCAUGGGUCAGGAUCACAGCAUAAAUGAAUUGUUAAAAAUCAAAGAUGAUCUCACAAAAGAAAGGGAUGAAAAAUUACAAGAAAUCACGAAGCUGCGUGAAGAGUUGUCAUUGUUGCUGGCAAAACAACAGAAAGCUGAACAAGAGAAAGGUGAAGCAGAGAUGAGAAUUGCAGAGUUGAAGGAAGAUAUACAAGUGAAGAAUAACGAAGCACAACGGGAGAGUCGAAAGAAAGAGAAGAUGGAACGUGAAUUGAAAACGGCAAAGACUGAACUGGAGAGCAAAGGAGGAGAAUUGAAAACAAAACAAAAUCAACUUCAGAAAGCUCUGGAUGACAUCUCGAGAUUAGAACAACAACUCAAGGAGCAGAGAAUUCUAAAUGAGAAAGCAACGAAGGACAACGACUUGUUGAACACUCGUCUGACAAAGGUUCAGCAGGAUUUUGAAAGUCAGUUGUUGAACUGCGAUCAGCUGGCGACAGAGAAUGGACAGAAGAUGAUGGAACUGAAGGCGAAGGAAGAUGAGAUUAGUAUCAUGAAACAAGAUUCUGUAAGAUUGACCAAGAUGAGAGAGACGAUUCAGAGAAAACUACGAACAACUGAAGAUCAGAAAAUGGAAGUGGAACAGCAGAAAGAGAUCUUGAAGAGUCAAAUCAGCGGUUUAGAAAAAGAGCUGGAAGCGAGCAAAAAACAAACGGAAGCUGAUAAAAAAGUAAUUGAUGAUCUUGUGCGGGAGCGAGAUAUACUAAAUAAGAAUCUCCUGAAAGCAGCCAGUGCAACUCAAAAACAGCUUGGUCUGGUCCGUUUGAACGAACAGACCAGAAAGAAUCUUGAGCAGGAAAUUCAGAAUUAUAAAGAUGAAGCGCAGAAGCAGAGGAAGAUUAUUUUCCAGCUGGAGAAGGAACGAGACAGGUACAUCAACGAAGCCGGGGAGCUCACUCAAAAAGUCUUACAACAUAUGGAGGAUGUUAAAGUGAGAGAGAUGCAGAUCUUUGAUUACAAGAAGAAGAUAGCAGAGGCUGAAACGAAGUUAAAACAACAGCAGAAUUUAUACGAGGCGGUGCGUAGUGACAGGAAUUUGUACAGCAAGAACUUGAUUGAAUCUCAAGACGAGAUCACGGAGAUGAAACGAAAACUGAAGAUCAUGAAUCAUCAGAUUGAUCAGUUGAAGGAGGAGAUUACCGCAAAGGAAUCCGCUCUUGUGAAGGAACAUCUUGAGCACCAGAGAGUGGAGAAAGAGAAAGACGCUUUGAAGGCUGAGCUUCAGAGAAUGAAACAAGAAGCCGCCGAGAGUAAGGCUUAUAUUGAACAGCAAGAAUCUGAAGAAAGAAAAUUGCUGAAGAUCAUCUCUGAAGCAGAUCAAGAACGGAUGAGGCAAAAGAAGGAACUCGACCAGGUGAUCAGUGAAAGAGAUAUUCUUGGCACUCAACUCGUGAGACGGAACGAUGAGCUGGCUCUUCUCUAUGAGAAAAUCAAGAUACAACAAUCCACCCUGAACAAAGGUGAGAUUCAGUACAGACAACGCUUGGAAGACAUCAGAUUAUUGAAGUUAGAGAUUAAGAAAUUACGACGUGAGAAAGGAAUUCUUACGAAGAAUGUCGCCAAUAUUGAAGAUCUCAGACGCGAGGUUUACCACACACAGCGUGAGUUACUGCGCGAGAGGACGCGUUGCAAAGCUUUGGAAGAAGAGUUGGAGAACCCGAUGAAUAUUCAUCGCUGGCGGAAGUUGGAGGGAAGUGAUCCAAGCACCUAUGAGAUGAUUCAGAAGAUUCAAACCUUACAAAGAAGACUCAUCCAGAAGACAGAAGAGGUCGUUGAGAAAGAGCUCCUCAUUCAAGAGAAAGAAAAGUUGUACAUGGAACUGAAGCAAAUCUUGGCUCGUCAACCAGGCCCCGAGGUCGCCGAGCAGGUGCAGUUAUACCAACAAACAUUGAAGGAUAAAACUAAGCAGUUGAAGAGCAUGGCUUCGGAACUAAACAUGUACGAGGCACAAGUUAAGGAAUAUCAAUAUGAACUUGAAAGAUUAUCAAAAGAACUCCAAGAGGCGAAGAAAAAAUAUUAUAUGCAGAAGAGGAAAGAACAACAAGCACGUGAACGAGAGAGGACGAUGCAGCAGGCGAACAUACCACCAUUUGCACCUCAAAGAACAGAUGGUCCAAGAUUUACUGGCGGUGGAUUUAAUCUUCAACCACCAAAAGCCGUCGCAUGAGAUCUCUCGUAUAUCUAACUAUAUGAAUAUUUCAUAUGUGUAUAGUUUUGUAUAUAACUCGUGGUUGUCUAAGUUUAUUGUCUUAAAUGCAUAGCUUCAUUUCGUAAUGUGGGCGCGUAAUUUUGUGUGUAAUUGCGGAGAGGAUAGAUAUACUGUGUGCAGUUGUCGUUGCAAUUUGGUCUAGCAAUUUUCAUCCUGUGAAAUAUACUAUACACGUAUAUUCUAUGCAUCCGGAGUGUGUUUUCAUCUCUCAAAAAUACAUAGGUGUUUGUGAUUAUAAAAUAACAUGUAUAUAACGCGUGUUCUGAUUGGUUGAAGCCCGUGUUUGGAUCAGG